AUGGAGCUGACGCAUCGCGCGUGCAGGGUACUAUUCGCAUUGCUUGGAUUCUUGCAUGGGGCGUUUGUGCAGGCUGUUCACCAGGCCGCGGCCCAGGCCGAGUCGUUCGGAUUCGUUGCGCUUAACACGAGUGCCAGUAGCAAGUGCGCUGCAGGGCCGCUGAACCUGAGCGAAGUUGUGGCGAUCCACACGUGGAUCAGCUCUUCCGUUCGCGGCUCUAUUCCUCCCUACUACGUCGACGGCGUCCCCGUUUCCGUCAAAUACUACGCGCGACUGGGGAACCCCGUGGCUCCAACCGACUGCGACGUCGGCACAACCAAGCUGGACGCGGCGACAUUCCAGAGCGGAAUCAAAGGGAUGACUUCGGACAACCCUGCAGCGCCCCUUGCCAGUCCAGAAGCGAUCAUCAGGUUCGUCAAGGACAAUGGGAAGUUGGCUACGGUUGCGUCUGCAAGUGCGUUUUACUCGGUGCAGUUCCAUGUAUAUGACUGGUCCUGCGCAAUGCUCGCGACGGACAAAGUCCUCUCCACUCUGGGCGAUCUCAAGGGGCUCGACGCGACUUCUAUCGCUCGCUAUCUCCCCUGCUAUCGGAUCUCAGGCGCGGUCGGCGUCUCGUACGUGGACACGAACAACAAGCAGCAGUGCGCGUGCGUGCGCCCGGUUGGUACGGCGCUUAAUGGCGCGUCUUGCACAGCCUUGGCAUCAUCAAACGAAGGAGGGGGCAAGUGCUUGUGGAACACCAGCCGACCGAGCGGCUACACAUGCCCCUGGACCAAUGCAAGUGCGUCCGCACUCAAGUUGAUCAGCGACUGCAAAGUCGACGUCCUUGUGCCUAGCGACAACUACGGUCGAGUCAACAAGGCCGUGUCCAUCCUCGACACCUGGCAGCAGUUCCUGCUUCAGCCUCAACUUGAAGUGGACGGCAUCGAAUUCCGCAGCUUCGGAGUGUACAAUCCCUGUGCGACUGCAACGUGGGGGUCGAAGGCAACAGAUCCGACGGCCUUGACGUUGCUGGAUCUGCAGACGGCGGUGAGCAAGGAGGCGAGCUUCUUGUCAUUUUCAAGCGCCAAAAACGUCGUGAACAACGGACCAAGUGAGCGCGUCGAUAUCGUCACGCGGACGAUGAAGGACUGGGUAGAAGCGUCCUAUGUCGCGAUGACUUCAGCCUCGUCCGCGUGCUUCCACGACUACGUGGUUCGUCACUUGCUGGAACAGCUAGUGUUGACUCAGAGCCCAUUAAUGCUGAGCUCUACCGCUCUCAGCAGCCUGCAAUGCAUGCGGUGCUGCUCCAAGCAGACAACGCUGCGUGAAUACUACUACGACUACACGUGCGGCGCGUCCAGCGGGCCACCGUCCAAGCUGAUCUCUGGGAACGAGACGUGCGCGUUCAACCACUGCCUGCGUCUUACGGGGUCAGCGCCGGUGCAGGUGUCGGCCUCGCCCACUGCUAAUGUGAUGACCCCAACCGACCCGAUGACUAUCAGCCGCAGCUCGCCGUGCCCCGUACUAAGCAGCACUUGCUCGAAUGCAGCUACACUAUCGAGUCUUGUGAACACAAGCGAAGCCUGGAGUUCUGCAUUACCGAACCAGAACGCCUACGUUGCUGGGUAUAACGUCUCCGCGUACGUGUUCUGGUGCUACAAGAAGGGGACCGACGACUGGGUGUUAUGGGACGACUCGGCUGUGCUCGAGUUUACUUCUGCUUCGACGGCGCUGGUUGUCCAGGCUUGGACGCGCUGCAGGAUGGUUCGACAGUUUGACUUCAAGGUUGCGGUGUCUCUGUUGCUCACUGCCAUCCCAUCCAGUACGGCCAGCCGAACUCCAGCAACAAUCAGCCUCAACGGUACGCUACUAGAUCUCUCCAAGAUGCCUGCGAGUUGCCUGAGCAACGAGAUGAUGACGGGAUUCAAGUUUUCCAGUUCAAACGGCGCGAACGCAGCUUACACGUCGCAGUGCGCGGCCCUCACCGCCCACCUGAUGGACUGCGGGACGGCGGCCAUCAACUCCUUCAAGCUCGAGACCAACAUCGAGUCGAAUAAGGCCAUACACGGAACUUCUGCCAACUAUCUCGACCGCCAGACCGUAGCGUGUCCGGCGGACUCGUAUCUGGCCAAGACGCAGAUUCUCAACGACACGAACAACGUCAAUAUCUGGUACCGAUCCACGUGCUGCUACUACCAACGGGCCAACGUGACCCGCACCUCGUACGGCACCAUGGUGCCAGUGUCUGUCGCUGGGAUGGUCACGUUGCCGGUGUCGUGCUUGGCCGGAGGGGGGAUGAACGGCUUCAGGCUUGACUAUUUCUCUGCGAGCUACAGUGUCAGUUGUCUGGCCGAUCCGAGACUGCUGCCGGGGCCGCAGCUCUACACGAACUGGGUGUCGAACAACGGCUCGAUCUUCUCUCUGGUCAACCACGUCAUGCAACAGAGCACUGGGCAGUUACCAGCUUGA